AAGCAGGUUUUCAAUUGAGGACACAGCCCCACUGUUGAGGGUGGUGACGUCACCGCGGGCGGUUUCGCGCAGGUGAGCCUCACCUGUGCGCGCAUCGCAGAUUCUCCGCUAUUCGCGUGCCAGCUGCAGCAUCCCUGUCCUCCGGUGAUGAAUCAGCUCCCGUACAUCGGCGGCUGCUUGCCGUUAUUCAUCAUGGCGAUAGUUUUCGACAUCACGGGUCUGAUCCUGCUUUUGUUCGGCAUCUUCGGCGACGCGCGCAAGCGCGGUGUGUUUUACGGGGAUUUUCUCAUCCACAGCGGCGCGCUGAUCCUGUUCGCCAGUCUGGGCUUCUGGUUGAUGUGGUAUAUCGGGAAUAUCCGGGUGGCAGAGGAGAGCUUGGAGCGGAGAUCCAGCGCGGCGCACAGCGUUAAAAAUCUGGCGAGGAAACUGACGGAGAGACUCUCCAAAACACAGCAGCAGAACGACUCAGGUGGGAAACCGGCAGGUAAAGCCUCCACUCUUCGAAAUGUAACGUUUGGUAAGUCCAGCUAUUUCCCGGGACAGAAGGAUCCAGACACGGAUACAAUCUCAUGUGACGAACUAUCCAAAGACACUACAGAAGAGUUCAUGUGCUAUCAGAAUAAAGCAUAUGAAGAUGAGGAGUCGAGCGUGAACAAAAGCGACGAUUCGUCUAAAGAUGAGAAGGAAUCUAAAUCAGAUGAAUCUCAGGAGAAAAAGCCAGGCGAUACCGACUUCACCUGUUAUCAGAAUGAAGGCUAUGAAGGGACAGAAUCAGCGGCGGCCAAAGACACCGAUCAGAAAUCUGAAGAUCAACCUGAAAACUGUGACACUUUACUGUGACAGCAGAUCACGAAACAAAAACGUUCAGAAGCAGAAAACCUUAAGAAGUUAACUGCAGAUUAGUUAUGAGUUACUGCACACAAUCCAACCUCUCUAUUUGUAAUGUAACUACUCAUAUUUGUUUGUUUAAGAUUUGUGCAAUGGUCGACUGAUCAUUAUGUUUUUAAUGACUCAUGUUGAUAUUAAUAUUAAUACUUAAACUGGCCAAAUAUUGACCUUGUCAAUAUAUCGCUCGUUGACUAUUUAUGUGUAUGCGUGUGUGUGUAUGUGUGUGUGGUUCACACAAGUUUACAUUUACAUUAUUUAAAAUAAUACUCAGGUCCUUGCUUUUCACUGUAAAUAUCAUUUUUGGUAUUUUUCUCUUGUUUUCCUGUACAAAUACCUUUUCAAGGAUGUUUGUACGUGAAAGUAGGACAGAAACGCUGAGCUUAUACAGGAUUGUUUGCAGUGUUGCACAGUCUCAUUUGUAAAGUUUAUUUAUGAACUCAAGCAGUGUAGGAAUUUAUUUCCCAGUCAAAGUGAGCGCGCAUGCAAACUCCUCGGGAAAGAGUAAAGUCAUUUCAUCUGUUAGCUAAGCUUUACUUCAACCUGUCGUCAUGGGCCGCGUGUAAAGAGUUGCCCGACCUGUCCGACAGCAAACACGCAAGUUAGUCUGAUCGCUAACUUAUGUGCUUUAAUGUGGGUGUGACCUUUGUUGGCCCAUCUUGAAACAAAGAUGGAAAUAUAAUACUGUACUUCACCAAACAAUGCCAAUAAUACUUCAGGCAGUAAGGCAAUCCGUACAAAUAUGUGCCUCUAUUGUUUAUAAAAUUGUUAACCCAUUGAUUCCCAUCAGGUUUAUUUGUGCCAAAAGUCAUGUGAUCAUUUUAGACCAAUGCUCAGAGCUGUUUUAGUCCAGUUUGGCUGAAACUGAAAGAUGGACCUUGAAACGGUAAAAUUCCAUAUUUUUCAAAACAUUUAAAAUUUCAUUGAACUGUCCAAGGAGUAAAAUGCAUGCGCUCAUUUAUCUGUGAAAUGUUGUAAUGAAGUGGGUUAUGGCGUAGGAGUAUAUAAACAUUAUAAGCUAUAUGGUGUCAAAUCAGGGAUAUUUCAGGAUGUUUACUGUAAAUAUAUAUUUUUUUAGAGAUUAUAUUUUGGGUAGUGAGUGGCAUGUGUGUCCUGACAUAUCAAUCACAUUGUGACACUGAAUGUGUUUCAUUAUUGUGUGAGCUUGUAAGAUUCGAACAAUGCCAAUAAAGUACAAUGUAGAAAUACAGCCAUAUAUUUAAUGUUGUGUUUGUAAAGUUUCACACAAAAUUAAACCACAUUACACCCAAAAGUCUGUAUUUGUUUUU